UUUAGUCCUCCCCUACACACCUGGCCUAACAGUCUAGUCCAUACAAGAUGGCUGUCAACAUGAGGCAAAGAGGACCGGCGAAUGCCGGCUCCCAUUCCAACUCGUAUACAUCCCUGCAGAACAACGGCGGCAUCGAUCCAAAAUAUCACGGUGCUGCGGAACCAAAAGCUACGUUAGGCGAGCAGGUUUAUGUGGUCAUCGCUGUGUUUUUCACCGCAGUUUUGCUCAUCGUCUUUCUCGCAGCCAAGCAGCUCCCACCUGCCCGUACCGAUGCCGGGACUCCCCCGACCCAGUUCUCGGAGGAGAGGGCCCGGCGACACCUGGAUGCCAUCACCGGGUUCGGGCCGAGAGUUGCCGGCACCUACCAGAAUGAAGUCCUGACGGUGAGGUACCUGCUGGGAGAGAUCGACAAAAUUCAGCAAGCUGCCAAGCCUAGUCACAGGAUAGAAGUGGAUGUACAAAGGCCAACAGGUUACUUUACUUUGGAUUUCCUGUCUUCGUUCACUCACUACUAUGACAACAUCACCAACAUCGUGGUGCGUCUGUCGCCCAAGAAGCAGACAAGACACAGUCUGAUGAUCAACGCCCACUUUGACUCUACCAUGGGAGGACCAGGUGCCAGUGACGAUGCAGCUAGUUGUGCGUCCAUGUUGGAGGUUCUGCGUGUACUGUCACAGACCGACACACCACUCAAAAACUCCAUCAUCUUUGUUUUGAACGGAGCAGAGGAAAAUAUCCUUCAGGCGAGUCACGGUUUCAUUACCCAGCAUCCCUGGGCAGGGGACAUCCGUGCUUUCGUCAACUUGGAGUCCGCGGGUGCAGGGGGACGGGAAGUCGUCUUCCAAACAGGCCCUGACCAUCCAUGGUUGGUUCGAGCGUAUGCUGAGGCAGCGAAAUAUCCGUUUGCCUCCGUAACUGCUCAGGAGCUGUUCCAGAGCAAUGUCAUUCCUUCUGACACAGACUUUCGCAUCUACCGCGACUAUGGCAACCUGCCAGGUAUUGACAUAGCCUACAUGGACAAUGGAUAUGUCUACCACCUGAAGUACGACUCACCUGACCAGAUCCCACCUGGCUCCAUGCAAAGAGCAGGUGAAAACUUGCUUUCCAUCGUACAGCAUCUGGUCAAUUCUCCUUACCUCGCGUACCCUGGAGAGUAUCGCCAUGGCAAAACAGUGUUCUUUGACGUGAUUGGUCUGUUCAUGGUGGUGUAUCCUCAUCAUGUUGCCAUCAUCAUCAACUCCUUGGCUGUUCUGUUUACACUCGUGUAUUUUGGUUACAAGCUCAAGCCAAGUAGAACUGGAGGAACCUCAGGUUUGCUGUACCUGAGACAGCUUUUCUGUGCUGUUCUGGUGCUGAUCUUGGGCUGGAUUUCAGCUGUUUUCACAGUGAUAGCUGUGGCCUUUCUCAUGACAAGGUUAGAGCGACACAUGACGUGGUUCACACACACAGAGCUGAUCGUGGGCCUAUACGUAUGUCCAGCCGUGCUUGUACAAGUACUCUUGCACAGGGCAGCCAGAAACUACUUUUACAAGAAUAUAAAAGACAGCUGGGUGCUGGAAGAGUUGGUGUUUGACUCCGUGCUGCUGUUCUGGGUGAGUCUGCUGGGGGUCCUGACCUAUCGCGGUGUUUGCUCUGCCUACUACACCCUGCUGUGGUUGGUCUGUCCGCUGCUGGUCAGGGUCACGCUCAUGAGGCCUGCCCUAAAGCAGAGAGGAAACACCAAAGGCCGCGACUCCUUUGUCCUGUACCACCUGCUGGGGCUGUUUGUUCCCAUGGUGAUGACCGUGUAUGGCGUCUGGCACGUCUUUGUCCUCUUCAUCCCCAUCAUGGGUCGCUCGGGCUCGGAAGUCGCGCCAGACUUUGUCGUGGCCAGUAUAGCUGUACUCUCUACAAUUGUGCUCUCCUGUUAUCUACUGAGUAUAGUUUACAUCAGUAAGUCAGUGAAAAGGUUAGCCUUCAGCCUGGGAGCAGUCAUUGUGGUGACCUUUGCCCUGGCCUUCAGCAGUUACGGGUUUCCUUAUUCUGGUAACAAGGCUAACCCCACACCCAAGAGGCUCAUAUUGCAGCACUACUGUAGGACGACCCACAGUGUAACAGGGGAGGUGACCCGUCAUGACUGUUGGAUAGGUCUCAUCAGUAUGGACUACACAGGGCUGAUAUACCUGAAGCCUGAGAUCCCGGAGUUCAGACAGGCAGUCAAGUUCCCAUGUACAGGGCCAUACUGUGGGGUGCCAUACUUCUUCCCUGUCAUGUCCUUCAUCAGGGGAAUAGAUCACAUCCCAGCCAAUGAGAUUCCUGCGUUGGAGAACCCGGGUACCAUGAAGCUGGUCUCGCGGGAAACGCACAGCGGUCGGACCAGACUUCAGUUUGAACUCAUAGGUCCAAGUCAUAUGACGCUGUAUAUUUCACCCAAACCCAACGUGUACAUGGUGGGCUGGUCGUUUGGAGAGGUGCCUUCCCCCACAGCUAUACUCAAUGGGAGACAACACUAUUUUGUGCUGUACGGCAGCGGG